CUGCCCUCUCUCCUUACUCCAGACUUGCCCUUACCCCCCCCUCCCCUCCUUGGGGAUGGCGACGAUGCGGAGGGCACCCUGGGAGGUGCCUUUCCACCGCCCCCUCCUCCGAUCGAGGAACUGUUUCCCCCUGCACCUCUGGAGGAGGAGAUCUUUCCUUCCCCGCCGCCUCCGCUGGAGGAGGAGGGAGGCCACGAUGCCCCCAGUCCCCUCCCACCACAGCCCAGGGAGAAGGUGAGCAGUAUUGAUCUGGAGAUAGACUCUUUGUCCUCGCUGCUGGAUGACAUGACCAGGAAUGAUCCCUUCAAAGCCCGGGUGUCAUCUGGAUAUGUACCCCCACCGGUCGCCACUCCAUUCAUUCCCAAGACCAGUACUAAGCCUGCAGCUGGGGGCACGGCACCCCUGCCUCCUUGGAAGGCUGCCACCAGCUCCCAGCCGCAGCCCCAGGCCAAGCCUCACGUCCAGCUCCAUGUCCAGCCCCAGCCUCAGCCUCAGCCUGUGCCUUUGGCUAAUAGUCAGCCUCGAGGUCCCCCGGCCCCAUCUCCAGCCCCUAAGUUUUCUCCAGUGACGCCCAAGUUUACUCCUGUGGCUCCCAAGUUCAGUCCUGGAGCCCCAGGUGGACCCGGGUCACAGCCCAGUCAAAAGUUGGGGCCCCUUCCAGCUCCCUCUUCUGCUGGCACAGGCUCCCCUCAGCUUCCCAGCUUCACCUAUGCUCAGCAGCGGGAGAAGCCCCGAGUGCAGGAGAAGCAGCACCCAGUGCCCCCACCGGCUCAAAACCAAAACCAGGUGUGCUCCCCUGGGGCUCCAGGGCCUCUGACCCUGAAGGAGGUGGAGGAGCUGGAGCAGCUGACCCAGCAGCUGAUGGAGGACAUGGAAUAUCCUCAGAAGCAGAACGUGGCCGUCAGUGAGUCCUGUGGCCGGUGUCACCAGCCCCUGGCACGUGCACAGCCCGCAGUUCGCGCUCUGGGGCAGCUGUUCCACAUCACCUGCUUUACCUGUCAUCAGUGUGAGCGGCAGCUGCAAGGACAGCAGUUUUACAGCCUGGAGGGGGCGCCGUACUGUGAGGGCUGUUAUACUGACACCCUGGAGAAGUGCAACACCUGUGGGCAGCCCAUCACUGACCGCAUGCUGAGAGCCACAGGCAAAGCCUACCACCCGCAGUGCUUCACCUGUGUGGUCUGUGCCUGCCCCCUCGAGGGCACCUCCUUCAUUGUGGAUCAGGCCAACCGGCCCCACUGCGUCCCUGACUACCACAAGCAGUAUGCACCCAGGUGCUCCGUCUGUGCGGAGCCCAUCAUGCCUGAGCCUGGCCGCGAGGAGACCGUGCGAGUGGUUGCUCUGGACAAGAACUUCCACAUGAAGUGCUACAGGUGUGAGGACUGUGGGAAGGCGCUGUCCAUUGAGGCGGACGACAAUGGCUGCUUCCCCUUGGACGGCCACGUGCUCUGCCGGAAGUGCCACACUGCCCGAGCCCAGACCUGAGUGAGGACUGGCCCUUUCCACCGCGAGUCCAUUCCCCAUCAGCGGACCACCCACACUGAAACCACCCGCCUCUUCACUUGCCCUGACCCCUCCAUUACUUUUGAUGCCUAGCCCUUUCCUCCAUUCCAAAACCCACCCAGUAGCCCACGUCCUGAAUCCAGGGCCCCAACAGGCCUGGACUGCAGAGUCCCAGCCUGGGGUUUCCUGUCCUCUGCACCAUCCUCCAGGUACCCCACCUGAGAGGGCACCAGGUUGAGCGCUGCUGCUUUCACUGCUGCACCAAUGCCCCCAGCUGGCCCCCCCGAGCAGCGUCUACUCUGCUUUCUUAGGGCCAGGAGCAGCCCUGACCCUCAGGGAGGCUGGGCUGGGCUGGGCUGGGCUGACUGGCCUGGACAUUUGCACCCGCCCCCGUGCUGCCAGGUGCUGGCUGUAGCUACAAAUUAAAAACAUUGUUUUCCAGA